AAAUACGACUCCCUUUUGCUGCUACUACACCACUCUCUUUAACUCUAAACCCUCCGAUUUUCAAAUAUGGCCGACGAAUAUCCCACCACCACCACCGCCGCCGCACCAGAAGGGGUGGUGAUACAGUCUCCACCGCUUACCUCCACUUCAGAAGGAAACCUAGAAACCCCACCACCUGUUUCUGUAACUGAUAAAGAAACCCCACUUUCACUCCCGCUCAUUUUGACAGAGAAAGACACCGCCGUAUCACCACCAUCCUCCACCACCAACACUACUCUAGCUGAUGUAAUAGAACAGCCAGAGAAACCCACCAAGAAAGUCCCUGAAUCCAUGGUUUCUUUCAAGGAAGAAAGCAAUAGAAUCAAAGAUCUAUCAGAUUUGGAGAAGGUGUCACUCGAUGAGUUCAAGCACCUGGUUCAAGAAGCUAUCACCAACAAAGAUUUCAACUUUUCACUUACAUCGGAAGAACCCACUUCAGAAAUCAAAUCAAAUCCUGAAGAGAUCUCAAUUUGGGGAAUACCUCUUCUCAAAGAUGAAAGAACUGAUGUGAUUUUGCUCAAGUUCUUGAGAGCUAGAGACUUCAAAGUCAAAGAUUCAUUCACAAUGCUAAAGAACACACUUCGUUGGAGAAAGUCAUUUAGCAUUGAUGCUUUAGUAGAUGAAAACCUUGGAGAUGAUCUUGAAAAGGUUGUCUUUAUGCAUGGUUAUGAUAAAGAAGGGCACCCAGUUUGUUAUAAUGUCUAUGGGGAGUUUCAGAACAAAGAACUGUAUCAAAAAACCUUUUCAGAUGAAGAAAAGAGGACUAGGUUUUUGAAAUGGAGGAUUCAGUUUCUUGAGAGGAGUAUAAGAAAGUUGGAUUUUUGGCCUGGUGGGAUUAACACCAUUUUUCAGGUCAGUGAUCUGAAGAACUCGCCGGGGCCGGCGAAGAGGGAGCUCCGGUUGGCUACCAAACAAGCUCUGCAGCUGCUGCAGGACAAUUACCCUGAAUUUGUUGCAAAGCAGGUUUUCAUCAAUGUCCCGUGGUGGUAUUUGGCUUUUUAUACAAUGAUGAGUCCAUUCAUGACUCAAAGGACUAAGAGCAAGUUUGUGUUUGCCAGCCCUGCAAGAACUGCUGAAGCCCUUUUCAAAUAUGUGAGUCCAGAGCAUGUUCCAAUACAAUAUGGUGGGUUGAGUGUGGAUUAUUGCGACUGUAAUCCACAAUUCACAAUUGAUGAUCCAGCUGCGGUUGUUACUGUUAAACCAGCCACGAAACAAACUGUGGAGAUUAUCGUGAAUGAGAAAUGCACGUUCGUCUGGGAGCUACGAGUAGUUGGCUGGGAAGUGAGCUACAGCGCUGAGUAUGUGCCCAAUAAUGAAAGUAACUAUACCAUAAUCAUACAAAAAGCAAGAAAGGUAACUCCAACAGAUGAACCAGUUAUUAGCCACAGCUUUAAAAUCAACGAGCUUGGUAAGAUACUUCUGACCAUCGACAACCCAACAUCAAAGAAGAAAAAGCUGCUUUACAGGUUCAAGGUCGAUCCCCUUUCGGAAUGAAGAACAUCUACGCUUUUCGUACUUAAAAAGUCAUGACGGGUUUGUUUAAGUUGGCUAGAUUUGGAAUACCGAAUCUUUUAUUUUAUUUAUUUAUUUGUUUUCUUGUGUUGUCGCCGUUUUUGCUUUUUGUUGUACUAUAACUUGUACUUCACUGGUAGGAUUCCUUCUUUUCUGGGCUGGAAGGCUUUGUAUCUUCUUGAUGGUUUGAUAUGAAUAUGGUUUCAGAGUGAUAUGCAAUAUGCAUCUUGA